AUGAUUUCUGCCGAAUCUCAAGGGGGCCCAAAUAUCGCCCUCAUCACCAUAAUAUGCAGUUGGACAUUUUUGGUGGUUGCCUUGCUAGGCGUCAGCCUCCUUAUCUGGGCCCGGCGAAACACGAAAAUAGGCCUGGGCCUAGACGACUAUCUGACCGUUCUUGCCUUGGCGACGACUAUCGCCCUUGUAGCGCAGACCACGUGGGCUAUCGCGGAUGAAGGUCAGGAUGAUCAUGAGGCUGAAAUCUCGAGGACAAAAUUCGCCGUGGUCGUAAGGAGUCUUCAUCGUCACUGGGCUACGGAUCCAGGCUCUCCGCAUGGUCAAUGCCCACGACUUCACCUACUCGAAAGGCUACCUUGGUCUGCUCUCUACCUUAGGUGCAUCCCUUGGAAUCAUCUUCUGUUGUGCGCCAUUUGUACCAUUAAUAUACAACGCCAAUUGCGGAAAGCGUAUCUCAAACGCGUGUCAAGGGCUGUCCAUAUCGACGAGGAAAACGCUGCGGCAGCCUCUGAGACCCUAGAUGAGAUCUCGCUUCCCAUGACCGAAGAUAAUGCUACUCAGACUCAUGACAGAAAUAUACUCAUCGGCGUGUCAACGGUUAUUCAUAUCGACGAGGAAAACGCUGCGGCAGCCUCUGAGACCCCAGAUGAGAUCUCGCUUCCCGUAAUUAGGGAUCACACGACUCAGACCGAUAGAAGCCUACCAUGGCGUGUCAACGGUUAUUCAUAUCGACGAGGAAAACGCGCGGCAGCCUCUGAGGCCCCAGAUGAGAUUUCGCUUCCCGUAAUUGAGGAUCACACGACUCAGACUCGUGGUAGAAGCGUACUCAAAAGCGUGUCAAGGGCUGUCCAUCAAGGCACCCAAUGGUCCAGACGGUCCGUCCAGAAGCCUGGACCGGUCCAAUUGAAGCUGUUUUCCCUCCACUUAGUUGAACCGGUCGAGACAAACUUGGACCGUGCGUCGUAA